AUGGGAGAGGAAUUUAUGUUCCAACACUUGAGGAGCGACAAGGGUUACGAGAACGAGUGCAUAGAUGAACACGGGAACGAAUUUUGGGAGACCCAAGAAUCUAGGGGUUCUCACUGGGGUGAGUUUGGUGGGUUUGCUCGUUUCGCGAAAGGACACGAUUUCAUAACGCAUGCUUUGUGA